AUGGGCCCGCCGUACGAUGGCCAAGAGGGUGGAGGAUCGGGCUAUGCAACCUACGGAACUACGGAACCAACCUUGGAAGUCUUAAGCAAGAAGAAACUGCCCAAGACAGCCUCAUCACUUCAUACCUUAGUAUCCAUCAAACUGUCUACUCUAAUUCACAUUCACGCUUCAUUUCACAAGAUGGCCUUAUCAAACACAGCCCGCACAUGCUCUGCCGUGUUCAUUUCUUCGGCUAUAACCAUCAUAGCACUCUUACUCCUCAUUCGUCCCGGACAUGAAAACAUGGUCGCUACCCUGGUGGACGACAUGCGAGCCAAGCAUUCUGUCUACACUACCGGCAACUCUCAGCCCAAGCUCACAGAGUGUCCGGCUCCUCACUCAUCUCAAGAGCUCUCCCCUACGAAUUUCGUCGAAGACCCGUGGAAGUAUCCUGUUUACAACAGGAAAGAAUCCAAAGGAAUAGACUGGUGGGAAGAUCUCCUAACUCCGAAUGGGGGGUUCCUCAUGGUUAAGGAGCAGGGCGGUGAGAUUAACGAGAUCGGGGUAUCGAUGUUUCAUCAGUUGCACUGCCUGAGCAUGGUCCGAGCAAUGCUCCUCAAAGGAGGUUCACAUAUGGAUCACGUCCAUGUGGAGAACCGUGAUAUGAAUCAGGGUGCGAAAGACCGAGGUCACUUUUUGCACUGCUUCGAUUACAUAGUCCAGGCUAUCCUUUGCACGGCAGAUGAUGCAUUGGAAAGAUCAGGAAAGGUGCCGGUUCCCGGGGGCGAGGAGGUGGAUGGCAUCAACGGUGUGGGCCAGACACAUCAGUGUCGCAAUGCUACGUUGCUCUAUGACUAUGUGUUGCAGUCCGAAAAGAUCCCGGUAGAGGCGGACUUGGUUGGAAAGUACUCUGUAUUUUAG